AUGACUACCAUUAGGCUUCUAUUAUCCAUUGCUGCAACCUACAACUGGCACAUCCACCAACUGGACAUUAACACUGCCUUCCUCCAUGGAGAUCUUGAGGAAGAAUUGUACAUGAAGCCCCCACCAGGAAUGAAGCUCUCAGCCAAUCUGGUCUGCAAACUGAAAAAAUCCAUCUACGGUCUAAAACAUGCCAGCAGACAAUGGAACCACAAGCUUACUUCCUCUCUAACUACUCUAGGUUUCUUACAAUCUAAGUCUGAUUAUUCUUUAUUUACUAAAUAUACUCCUACUUGCUUUACUGUUAUACUUGUGUAUAUCGAUGAUUUGAUAGUUGCAGGCACCAAUCUCUCAGACAUUUCACACAUAAAACAUACUCUGGACAAACAGUUUAGCAUCAAAGAUAUGGGAGUCCUAAAAUAUUUUCUAGGAUUCGAGAUUGCACACUCCUCUCAAGGGAUCACACUGUGUCAGCGAAAAUACUGCCUUGAUUUACUACAAGACACAGGCCUCCUUGCUUCAAAACCAGCCUCUACACCUAUUGAACCUGGACUCAACCUUGAUGACAAAGAUGAAGCACUCCUGCCUGAUCCAUCUCUUUUCCGCAGCAUCAUUGGUAAGCUACUAUACCUUACACAUUCUCGACCUGAUAUUAUGUUCUCUGUUUGCAGAUCAAGCCAAUACCUUGCCAAGCCAACCUCCACACAUCUUCAGGCUGCUCAUAGGAUCGUUCGUUACCUCAAAAAUGCACCUGCCAAGGGACUCUUCUUCAGACGACAUUCCAACCUACAACUUACUGGUUUUUCAGACUCCGAUUGGGGAGCUUGUCCCACAUCACGAAGAUCUAUCACUGGAUUCUGUUUCUUCCUUGGAGACAAUAUCAUCAGUUGGAAGACAAAGAAACAGACGGUCGUGUCACGCUCAUCAUCAGAAGCCGAAUAUCGUGCUUUAGCUAACACUACAUGUGAAGCACAAUGGUUACUCUUUCUCCUUCAUGACUUUCGCAUUCCUCAUCCCUCACCUGUCACUCUCUACUGUGAUAACCAAAGCGCCAUUCAAAUAGCAAACUGUCCAAUCUUUCACGAACGGACAAAACACAUAGAAAUGGACUGCCACCUUGUCCGAGACAAAAUUCAAGACCAUACUGUACACCUAAUGCCAAUCAACUCAGCCAACCAAGUCGCAAACGUCUUCACAAAAUAUCUCCACCUUGGUCCUUUCUCCUCUUGCAUCUCCAAACUUGGACUGUUAGAUAUCCACUCCAGUUUGAGGGGGGGUGUUGGAUUACAAAAGCCCACUGGACAUUCUCCUUAG